UCGGUGCUGACCGGCGGCACGCCGCGUGUCCGGCAGCAGUCGUCACUUGACAGCAGACCGCCCGCAGCGGCCGGACACACGACGGCGGCGACCGAGACCCGGCGGUCAAGGCCAAGAUCAAGGAGCUGGGACGCCGAGACCGGUGCCUGGGAGACGGCCGACGCGCCACAGUGUUGUGAACGAGCGUACGGGAGAGGGAAGAGACUGCGACAGUGCAGGGACGGAGCGUGUGGGAGAGGGGAGAGACUGCGACAGUGCUGGGACCGAGCGCGUGCGGGAGAGGGGAGAGACCGCCACAGUGCGGGAGAGCGCCGCCGGCCGGCGCCGGCCGCUGGCCGGCGAGGUCGUCUGCUGACCUGAGGUCAAGCCGCGGCCGCUGGCGGUGUGACGAGAUGAGGGACCAGCCGCCGGUGGCGCCGGCCCGGCCUGGGGCGCAGGGCCGCAGCGUCAGCCUGUCGGGCCAGAUCACGCGGCUGCAGCGGAUGAGGAUCCGGGCGGCGAGCAGCGCCGAUGCCAGCCGACCCUCGCCGGAGCCGACCGGGCCGGCCAAGCUGCUGCGGCCACCCCGCCAGAGCUCGACACAAGACGCCGAGGACUGGCUCCUGAUCGACCGGGACACGUAUAUGUACAUGGCGCAGGACUUCACCCACACCAAGACCAUGCUGCACAAGCUGCGCCGCGUGCUGCAGGAUUCGGAGACGUCCAAUCCGUUUGAGCACAGUCUUCAGCCGGGCCGGCGCGGCACGUCGGUGUCCAGCGAGGUGUCGUCGUUAGACGGCAGGGGCAGCGUCGACGGUGGCGCCGACCUGGCGGCGGAGAACGCCGACCUCAAGAAGCAGGUGGCGGCACUGCAGCAGCAGCUGGAGGAGAAAGACCGCACCAUCCACCUGCUGCAACAGCAGAUGUCUAAGUACGCCACGACGGCGCUAGAUGUCAGCACGGUCGCCACUCAGGCCAGCCAGGUGGUGACGGAGGACCCGCACGUGAUCACCUUCCGGAUCGGCCAGCGUCUCCGCAGGUAAAUGAGCGGUAGGACCGGAGCCGCGCGGGCAGCUGACCCUGGGCAGCGCCGGAGGGCUGAGCCCUGGCCCCGGGCCGCCGCGGGUCACGCCGGGCGGCAGCUGCGCGUCCGGGAGCGGCAGCGAACACGCCAAAGAUGAAGACAAUGUGAUGCCGCGGCGGCGAUGCGUUCCCGCCGUGUUUGCGAUGCCACGCCCCUGUGCGUGUAUGUGCGAGUGUGCGUACUGUCGGUUGGCGCUUGCAGGCGAGACGGCCUCACACUGCAUUCCAAAUUUGUCGCGCUCUUUCGAUGUCAGCAUUCCGUGACGUGAGCUUUCCGCCGUGUGUGUUAACCCGCCCCUCGCCCCCGGCUUAAAUUGCCCCGACCGGCGCUCUUUGGUUGCUUGCACUCGGAGGAGGAACGCCGCGGGUUUUGCCUCGGCCCGGGGCCAACGACACAUUCCACUGAAACAGGGUCGCCCUAUUGCGGCACGCGCUGGGUCUCGCGCUCCAGCGCCAGUCGGCCGGGCGCGGUUUGGCGCCGGAGGGGUGUGCGUGCGCGUCGACUGUUGAGGGAAGAGCUUCGCGCGGUGACGAUGACGCCGGGCGGCGCCGCCGCAGGCUCGCCGUCGCUGCCGCUGUGCAAUAGACUGAAGCGGCGUCAGUGACGUCAUCGGCGAUCGUGACGUAACGUCACGGGUGGCCCGCCUCCCGCGGCCGCGCCACGGAGUCGGGUCGUGUGGCCGUCGCGGUCGGGCUCGUUACGGCGACGCCGCGGCGGCAGCGAGAAACCACCGCGAGGCGGCGCUAGCGGCGCUCCUGGCAGCUCCGCAGGCCAGCUUUGUUUUAACGCGCGAUUCGUGUUGGUCUUGGCGCGACCGCCAGUGGCCGCGUGAAAUAAAUAUGAUGCGUGAAG